CGAGGGUUUGCUCGACAAGGGAUCCCGUCUAUCUCAGACCUGGAACUAUCACUCAGUCUGCCCAAAUAAACUAGCUGCAAGAUGUCGGCAUCAAAAUCAUCCGGGCAGCUUCUGGACCACCUUCAAGCGCUCCUCGGACAAUCGAGGCGUCAUGCCUCAGAGAGCGUAUGGACGGACCUUCUGGAUACCUGGCAAGCGACCGGGAUCCCCGUCAGGGUAGUAAAGGAAGAACCUCAGAUCGAAGUACCCGUGGGGAUCCCCUUGCCGACGUUGCUGGAUUAUUACAACCCGCCAGCGCUCGGAGCGAGGUUGGAUGAUCCUACGAACCACGCGAUCUCGUUCAGACCAUCUGGGUCGGGAGCCGGGGGGUACGGAGAUUAUGCCGAGGAUCAGGUCUCGAACGAACAGGAUUCUGAUGCUGCAGAGUUGACUGAGAGGUUACAAAACCAUAUCGCAAGCGAGACAUCCUUUAGGUCACUCCUCGACCUCCUCAGCUCGAGCAGCACCCCAGAAGAGCUCCAGGAUGACGUGAUGGGUGUUUUAGGCUGGGAACCCGCCAGCUUCGACCUCGUCACCGAACUCUUUGCCCCAGGGAUGAGAGAAGGCGUCUUGCGUCAUGGCCGUGGGAACACCCUCCGUGCCGAAGCAGGUGUCUUCAUUCCCAACUCCCGCGCCCCGGUAGACCCUGCUGCAGGAUCAAAUCGGAAUGCGAACGUACCGAGGAAUCAUACCGAGGGACUAUCUUUCAUCGAAGCUCAGCUGGAACAGAACGCCAACAGGCCGUUGAUUAGUGGGACCUCGGCCGCGAUACCCGAGGCGAUACAGUACCCGCAUGUGUAUACUUCGACGUCGAGCACCGCGGUAACGAGUUAUGGAGGGAGGUUGGCUCUGCCCAUGGGAACUAUUCGGAAAGAAAAAGAGCACGCUGAAGAAGUGGUCAUUCCGCCCGCCAACCCCGUCCCACCUAAAGUCUCUGAAAGGCUCAUCCCUGUCAAUGAGCUUGGACCUAUGGCAGCCGGCUGCUUCCCCGGUUAUCAAACCCUCAACAGGAUCCAGUCCAUCGUGCAACCGGUAGCGAUGACGACCAACGAAAACAUGCUCAUCUGUGCACCCACAGGAGCGGGGAAAACGGAUGUGGCCGUCAUGUCCAUCCUCCGGGUUCUCAGUCAGAACGUCCGACAGCCAGAGAAACUCCCCUACGGACCGAAUUCGAUCCUGAAGGACGAUUUCAAGAUCAUCUACGUCGCGCCUAUGAAAGCGCUGGCAGCGGAGAUCACGAGGAAGAUCGGAAAACGUCUGGCUUGGUUGGGAAUUCAAGUGAGGGAGUUGACGGGUGAUAUGCAGUUGACGAGAAAGGAGAUUGGUGAGACGCAGAUUAUCGUGACGACACCGGAAAAGUGGGACGUCGUCACGCGGAAACCUACGGGAGAGGGAGAAUUGGCUUCGAAAGUGAAAUUGUUGAUCAUCGACGAGGUUCAUCUGCUAAACGAAGACCGAGGAGCCGUGAUCGAGACGAUCGUUGCCAGGACUUUGCGUUUAGUCGAAUCCAGCCAGUCUCUCAUCCGUAUCGUUGGAUUGUCGGCCACUUUACCCAACUAUAUCGAUGUCAGCGACUUCCUGAGAGUCAACCGAUAUCAGGGUUUGUUCUUCUUCGAUUCCUCUUUCCGUCCUGUACCGCUGGAACAACACUUUAUCGGUGUACGAGGAAAGGUUCGAAGUGAGACUUCCAAGCGUAAUAUGGAUCAGGCCGUAUUCGACAAGGUUGUAGAGAAUCUUGCCCAGGGCCACCAAGUCAUGGUUUUCGUGCAUGCAAGAAAGGAGACCGUAAAGACGGCGGAGCGCCUCAAAGAGAUGGCUCAGAUGGAGGGCAACCCCGAAGACUUUGAUCCGAGGGCUCAUCCGCAAUUCGACUUUUUCCGACGCGAGGUGGGGUUGUCGCGCAAUAAGGAGAUGAAACAGCUAUUCGAUUACGGAUUCGGUAUCCAUCACGCUGGUAUGCUGCGAAGCGACCGGAACAUGAUGGAAAGGAUGUUUGAAGCGAACUGCAUCAAGGUCUUGUGCUGUACAUCCACCUUGGCAUGGGGAGUGAACUUGCCUGCUCAUGCGGUUGUCAUAAAGGGUACCCAAGUGUAUGAUGCCGGGAAGGGUAGCUUUGUCGACCUAUCCAUCCUGGACGUACUGCAGAUCUUCGGUCGAGCUGGACGUCCGGGUUACGAAACAAGUGGUGUGGGAUAUAUCUGUACAACACAAGAUAAGCUGGAUCACUACCUGGACGCCGUCUUGUCACAACAUCCCAUUGAGUCCAGACUGGUACCGGGCAUGGUCGACGCGAUGAACGCCGAAGUAUCGCUCGGAACUAUCUCCACCGUGUCCGAAGCGAUCGAAUGGCUGGGUUACACAUAUCUUUUCGUGAGGAUGAAGCGCAAUCCAUUCAAUUACGGUAUGGCACACGACGAAGCAGUGGAAGAUCCCCAACUCGGGAGCAAGCGACAAGGCUUGACGCGGACGGCUGGCAGGCGUCUCGCCGAAAUUGGGAUGAUCCGCUUUGACGAGGUGGAGAACAGUCUCACAAUCACUGAUCUGGGCCGGAUCGCUGCCAAAUACUACCUGAAGCACGAGACUGUGGAGAUUUUCAACCAACAUUUCAAAGCUAGGAUGACGGAAGCCGACACCUUGGCUCUGUUGAGUAUGAGUACCGAGUUUCACCAAUUGCAAGUCAGGGAGAACGAGGUACCAGAGCUACAAGCCCUGAUGAAGGAUGUCAUUCCUUGUCAGGUCAAGGGUGGUACCGAUACCUCGCAGGGAAAGGUCAACAUCCUUCUUCAGGCCUACAUCUGCCGAGCCCACAUAGAAGAUUUUGCAUUGGUCUCGGACACCGCCUACGUCGCACAGAACGCCGGUCGUAUCAUCAGGGCAUUGCUUGAAAUAGCUCUCAGUCGAAAAUGGGGUAAUGCUGCUUCGGUCCUUGCUUCGAUGAGCAAGUCGAUCGAGAAGCAGAUGUGGUCGUACCAGAACCCCCUGCGACAAAGCAAGCUGCAAUACAUGGUAUUGCACAACCUGGAAACCCAUGCGGAUGACUACGCUCCUGCUGAACUCUGCGAAAUGACGCCGACGCAAGCGGGCGAACUGAUUAAGAUGAACGACAAGCAUGGCGCUGCUAUCGUAGCCGUCGCCAAGCAAUUCCCGGCCAUCGGCGUGACAUAUGAUCUUCGACCUCUCAGUCACGACCUACUUCAGAUCAGCCUACAUCUGAGCAGGAACUUCCAGUGGAGCCAGACUCUUCACGGCUUUAGCGAGCCUUUCUGGGUUUGGAUCGAGGACAGCUCGACAUCCGCCAUUUUCCAGUAUCAGAACGUCCUAUUCAAACCGAGCACCACGCUCGUCAAUAUGGAGUUUGUCGUUCCCAUCAGGACGACCAACCCGCCUGCAUACGUCGUCCGAGUGAUAUCGGAUCGCUGGGUGGGCAGCGAAGAAGAGGUCGAAAUCUCGCUGGCUGAACUUGCCAUGCCAGCGGAACCUGAACCUCCCACCCCCUUGUUAAGCGUACCAUAUCUCAGCCUGGCCAAGGUUUUGAAACCGCUCGACUUCGGAACCGGCUAUGCCGAUCGUUUCUCGAGCUACAAUAACAUCCAGUCGCAAGUCUUUUGGCCAUUAUUCAACACGGAUGAGAGUGUUUUGCUAGCGGCACCGAACGGGAGCGGGAAAUCAACCAUCGGCGAUGUGGCUACCUGGCGAACACUGCAAAAGAAGCGAAACUCGCGGGUCAUCUACCUCUCGCCCAACCGACAUUUCGCUGCUGACAUGAUGUCCCGUCUCAAAGAAUUGGCCUUGUCAGGUACACAUCUGCAGAUUCGUCGUCUCGACUCGAUGGCCAACUUUGAGCACCACAAGCACAAUGCGCCGUGCAUCGGGGUGGCAACUCCUAUUGACCUGUUGGUCCACCUCGGUGGCGAUCCCGACUUUCUACAUGACCUAGACUUGAUCGUCAUGGACGACCUUCACUUGCUGGACGAGGCCUACGAGAUGGUCAUCCUGAGGGUCCUCCUCUUGAUCAGCUAUAGCACGACCCGGGUUGUCGGCCUCUCAUCAUCGUUGCAAGACGCCCACAGCCUGGCCGACUGGCUACAAAUCCCAUCGACGGGGAUCUACACGUUCCGACCGACCGAUCGGGCCAUCCCGCUUAUCAACCAUAUCCAACCGUACUCGAUCCCGCACUCGGCCAUCCUGCUCAAGACCAUGGUCAAGCCUGUCUACGCUGCUGUCAAGGCCGGCUUACCCCGGACGACCGUCAUCUUUGUGCCCUCGAGGUCGGUGUGCAAGACGGUAGCCAACGACUUGGUCACUCAAUCAGGGAUGAUGCUGGAUAUCAAUGGGUUCCUCGCAGCCCCACGCCAAGACAUCGAGCGCAACGUGCAGAAGAUGAAGGAUUCGACGCUGGUCGAACCCCUUUUGCACGGGAUUGGUGUUUACCACGAAGGAAUGCACUACCAGGAUUUGACGAUCACCCUGUCACUCUUUGCGGCCGAGGUCGUCCGGGUCCUCAUCGUUCCUCGAGAAUCGUGCUGGACUCUACCUGUACACGCAGGGAACGUCAUCGUCAUGGGCGCCCAAUACCUGGAGCUCGAGACCUCGUUGAUCCCCGGAGAACCUCCCGAACGAAGAUUGAGAAACUAUACCUUGAACGAGCUGAUCAGGAUGCAAGGAUUCGCCAGUUGGCCCACAUUCUCGGGAUCUUUGGCCGUCACUAGCAACGGCAACGGCUCAUCAACGACAGAAGGCGGAGCCCGGUUCACCUUGAUGUGCCAGUCCGAGCAGAAGGACACGUAUCAAAGAUUUUUGGACGAAGGACUUCCUCUCGAAUCCCGACUCCCCUCUUUGCUCCUGCAUACCGCUGACAGACAACUCCAAGCCACGCUGAGCGAAAUGUUGGGCGACGAGCCUAAGAAACAAGACCUCAUGGACUUGGUCGCGUGGUCUUACCUCUGGAUCCGAAUGAGGCGAAACCCGAACUAUUACGACAUCUUGGACGAAGACUUGGCGAGGAGGAGCCUGAGUCGGAUGGUAGAUGGGUACUUUGACGAGGUCUACAAGCGACGGAAGAGGGCGCAGGGGAGGAAAGGGUUGAUCGAUCAUCUGCCUGUUGUGGGUGGGGAGGCAAAAGUGAACGGCAAGGGAGGGGCCAAGGGGGCGAGCAAGGGAAAAGGACAAGCGCUACAAGAGACGACUGACGAAGACAAUGAGGUUUCAAAGGUCAUUGGGGUUGAUGAUGAAGGGACCAAUCAGGCUCGGGACAACGACCAAAACGACGAGACGGACGGAGAGGAUGCAGACCUCGAGGAUAACGUCAGAACGAUCAAGACGGGUGAUGGGGCAGAUGAUUCGGACGGAGAUGAAGCUGGUGACGAGAUGACCGAGAAAGAGUGAUCGAGCUUGGAAACGAUCUUUGCGACGAUAAAAUGAUGAUCAUGCGGUGAUUACCGUUUAAAAAUGGAACCACUGUAUUCCAUUGUAUAGAAUGGUGGCGAUGUGUCGGCAGGACCCGUCAAUCCUCAAACAGAUGAACAUCCACCUUGAUCCUCCAACUUUGGACAAUCCAGGCAAGGGGGCGCUUUCUGAGCCCAGAUCAAGUUCAGAACAGCCGGAUCAUCCUCUUGAUUCAGGUCAAUAAAAUUCAUCGCGCCCGUCAAACUCAAUCUAGCACGCUAGCACUGUCACUCGCACACCAGAUUGAGAGUCCGUCCAGCGAUUAGCAAUCGUUGAGCGCGACAGAUCGAUAGAUGAACAUGCACGUAGAUGC